CACGUGGGCAAUCAAAUCACACAUCGAAGAAAUCGGCCAGCAAUGUAGCAAAAAUCGCCAGCACAGAAAACAAAUGAUAAAAACAUUGGCCCCAGAUGGCUUUAGCCUCAGUAAUCAAGAGCAUGAUGAAAUAGAAAUAGCACUGUACCACCACUCUCUUCUCUAUUGUUCAGAGAAACACACUCACACACAUUCACAAAGAAAGAGAGAAGAAAGAAGAGAGAGCAGUUUUAGCUGGUUUAUUGUAGAAACAGUAGUGCAAACAACCAGCAUCCCCAUCUGACAUUCCUCCCUCCCCCAUAGCACUUCAAUUUCAAAAACGUUACAUAAUAUUUUGAACAGACCAAAGCUUGUUACGUACCGAGGGCGUGGCGUGGCGGUGGCGGAAGAAACAGAACAAAAUUUUUAAGAAGAGCAUCGCAAUAUUCAUUGCAUAGGCGGAGACGGGACACCUGACUGCAAACUUUGUUUUUGUCUUCUACUACUACACGGUGUUGUCAGUCAGUCAUUCAAAAGCAGGGGCGAGGGCAGGGCUUUUUUUCUCUGUCUCAUUUUUACUUGCAUCAAUCUUGUUUUUGGAGAAAAAGGAGAAAGAGAGAGAUGGGUCAGAAGAGGAGUGUCGCUGGCGACGCAAAGACGUCAAGAAGUCAUGAGGUUGGACUACUUAAGACCACUAAAUGUUUCAACAAUGGCUUGCCUCCUUGCAACCCCCAAGAAAAUAAAGAUGAUCUUUACACUGAACUGUGGCAUGCAUGUGCUGGUCCUCUUGUUUAUGUACCUCGAGCUGGUGACAAGGUUUUCUACUUCCCUCAGGGUCACAUGGAACAGGUUGCAGCGCUCAUGAAUGAAGAAGGUAAGAUGGAAAUGCCCAUCUACGAUUUACCUUACAAGAUCCUCUGCAAGGUUGUCCAUGUUGAGCUUAAGGCUGAAGCUGGAACUGAUGAGGUGUUUGCCCACAUAAUUUUGCUUCCAGUAGCAGAGGAAGAUGAGCUAAGCUCAAACAAAGAUGGAAAGUCCCUUCCCUUGCAUAGAAAAACUUGUGCACGAUCCUUUACCAAGAAACUUACUCCAUCUGACACAAAGACACAUGGUGGAUUCUCUGUUCCAAAGCGACACGCUGACCAGUGCCUUCCUCCUCUGGACAAGUCUCAGCAACCCCCAGUGCAGGAACUUCUUGCCAAAGACUUGCAUGGGUUUGAAUGGUGCUUUAAACAUAUCUAUAGGGGUCAACCAAAGAGGCAUUUAAUUACAAGUGGUUGGAGCACAUUUGUGUCUUCAAAAAGGCUCGUUGCUGGGGAUUCAUUUUUCUUCCUUCGAGGUGAAUCUGGACAACUUCGGGUUGGGGUCCGCCGAGCAAUGAAACUAGAGAACAAUUUGUCAGCAUAUGUCUUAUCUUCCCAUAGUAUGCAACUUGGCAUACUUUCCAGCGCUUCCCAUGCCAUUGCUACUGGAAGCGUGUUUAAAAUCUACUUCCAUCCUUGGACAAGUCCUGCUGAAUUUAUCAUUCCAUAUGAUCAAUACAUGAAGUCAGCUGAAAUUAAUUACUCUGCUGGGACAAGAUUCAGGAUGCUGUUUGAAGGACAAGAAUGCGCAGAACAGAGGAUUGAAAGAUUUGAGGGCACUGUUGUUGGUACUGAAGAUGUCGAUCGUAUUAGGUGGCCCCACUCAGAAUGGAGAAUUCUCAAGGUAAAAUGGGAUGCUGCUUCAGAGCCAUUUGUGCAUCAAGAACGUGUCUCUCCCUGGAACAUUGAGCCCAUAGAACCUAUAAGAAAGAAGCAUGCUUCUCUUUUACACCUACAAAAGAUGGCAUGCAUAGCAGACAAAUCACUUCCUAGGUUUGUUAUCUCAGUCAAGGAAGGAUUACUGCAUGGUUCAGAUGAGCAUGCAAAUGAAAGCCUCUUGGAGGUCUUGCAAGGUCAAGAAGAUAGGGACACAAGUGCUAAUCAAUUUGGUGCCUUUAAACCGCCAUCAGUACCACAUUUGACUUCUCCAAAUCCUGACUGGAACCGCUCAACAAUUGGACGAGACAAUCAAUUGCAAUUUUGGAUGCGUGGCCCAAUUUAUCCGUGUCCCAGUAAUACUGUAUCAUUUCCUGGCGGAAACAUAACAAGGUUGGAUAUUCCUAAUAGCCGGCACUCCACAUUUAACUCUUAUGGAGUCCAUGAUAAUGCUGUUGGAAGCAGAAGCUUGUCAGUUCCAAAUGUAUCUCACAAUUCUGGGUCUCAGAAAUGGAGAGGUUCUGAACUGAAGCAUGCAAAUGAAGUUCCACAUGCUGCACCGCACAGAUACAUGCUUUUUGGUGUCAAUUUAGUAAGUAAUUCACCGGAGCUCCCUUCAUCACAAGUUGCCACUACUGUUGAGAAUGAAAGUCACAAUUAUGUUCCCGUAACAUCACAGUCAAGUGUUUCAGAGCCAUCAAAGAGUACAUCAGGUGUUAAUUCAGAAAAACAAUGCAAGAACUGUUGCUCUGCCACUAUUCCGAGUCGCACAAAGGUGCUCAAAUAUGGAACUGUACCUGGAAGAUCUGUUGAUCUGACACAAUUCCACGGGUACAAUGAACUCAUUUGUGAGCUUGACCUUAUGUUUGACUUCCAAGGAAGUUUGAUUGAUGAGACCAGUGGGUGGUAUGUAGUGUACUGCGACAAUGAAGGGGACAUGAUGCAGAUCAAAGAUUGCCCGUGGCAGGAAUUCCAAUUGACAGUCCGAAGGAUUUUCAUCAGUCCUAAGGAAAACAUUGGCAAAUUGAAUCCACUAUCACCAAAUCCAUCGCCUUCAGGUUAACUGUUUACCAGGUCACUUUGUGCCUUGUGUUCAUGGGCUUCCAUUCGUAGAUUUGUGUGUGUGAAGAGAUGAGAAUGAGCUACAUCUUAAGAAUUACACGUGUUUGGCAUCAUGUUGAUGCAAAUAAAUCUGAAUGCAGUACUUAUGCUCUAAACUAGUUUUUUCUUUCCUUUUCUCUUUUAAUGAAUACUUGGAAAAGGAUCCGUAUGGCCAAACCCGACUAGUGUGGGAUAUGGCUUUGUUUGUACUGCUGCUGC